CUGCAUACACAUAUUACGGCUUUUUUGGGGGGUAUGGCGUCAGCGGCAAACAAAGGCCGUGCCAUCGGGUAGGUUCGGCGCGAUAGUUACCCCGCUACAGCUACCGCGCAAGUAUACGUGGCCACUACACUACAGUCCAUCCUGAGCAAUGGACACUGCGUCACAGCCCCGAUCAUAAUAACAGAGAACCAUGGAUGAAAACACAGAUCAACCUGGAAGCCAGACAGAAGAACCUGUGGCACCAGCAGACCAGGGGGAAGCUGAGGGAACUGAUGCGGCUUCCAUGAACGUCCUGGAGACCUAUCUUCAAAAUUUCAAUGAGGAGCUUUCAUCAGGUCCUGCCACUGCUGCUGGUGCAGUUCAGCAAGCAGCUGCGUCAACUGUUGCAGCUACAGAAGAGGAUGACACUGAAUCCCCACUGGCUGUACAUGUAGAAGAGGUGGCUGAUGCAGAAGAGGAUGUGCAGCUUGAAGAAGGAGCUGAAGGAGAUAAUGUUGCAGUGGUAAAGCAGGAGAUCGGUGAAGAGGAGGAGAUGGAGGAGGAAGUGGGCGAGGCCAGCCAACCUGCACCCGACCAAGCCACCAUUGACAUCACUCACACAUUACAGCUACUAGCCAAUGCCUCUGCAAAUAUCAGCAAUCCUAAUGCCUUACAGGAAAACCAAGAGGGAGAGAUGGGGACAGAGAACACUUUCAUGCAGCAGCUUGAUACCUCUAACCUAGUAGAUGAGAAUGGAGCCAAAGUGGACCCGAGCAGAAUAGCAGGUAUACAGACAGUGAAUGGAGAGCAGGUGGUGAUGGUACAUAACAUGGAGGACGGCACAUCAGGAAUAGGACAACAACAGGUGCUAAUGGUAGCCAUGCAAGACAAUGGUCAGUUAUCAUCUAUGGAUCAAGGUGUGGCCCAGAUUGCUUUCUCAGGAGCACCAGUCAAUAUGGUGGGGGAUAACAUCGUCUACCAAACCACGCAGAACACGCAGUAUGUUCCAGUUUCACACAAUGGCACUACACAACUAGCUAUGACACAAUCUGGAGGUGAGCCUGGUACUGAGGUGUACACUAUCCUUCAAACAGUAGACGGUGCAGAGACAACCACUAUGACCACACCCACUACCAUGGUCGUCUCGUCAGGAGGCGUCCACCAUCUUGGCGAUGAGCAGACCCACGUGAUCGCAACGACGUCGGGCGAUCAUCCUUCCUAUGCAGAGCUACAACCUGUCUCGGAAGAUGCUGCACAGCAGGAAGAGGGCGCCCUGCAAAUGGCAGCAGCAGAGCACGAGGAGGUGGCCUUGAUUGUACAGAAGCCUGUUAAGAGGAAACGAGGACGACCACGCAAGGAUGAAGCAGCCAAGAUGCAGACCCAGAUCGUCAUUGUCAGGGAGGUUGUAGAAGGAGAGGAUGGCCAAGAUCCGUCCGUCUAUGACUUCUACGCAGGAGAGGACGACACAGCACCGGUUGCUGGAGGUGAUGAGAAAAGUGGCAUAGAAGUUGGUGGAGCCAAAAAGAAGACCAGGUAUGUGGUGCCCAAGUUUGAUGAUGGCCGUCUACUUGAUCAAGUUCUUAAUAGAGCCAAGAAAGGGGGUCCUGGAAGGAGACCCAAGGUGCAUGAAUGCCAUCUGUGCGGUCGCAUAUUCCGCACAUCCACCCUGCUUCGCAACCAUGAGAACACUCAUUCUGGAACCAAGCCCUAUAAAUGUGAGCUGUGUCCAAAAGCCUUUGGCACAUCCGGUGAGCUUGGGCGCCACAUGAAGUACAUGCACACCCAUGAAAAGCCCCACAAGUGUCCAUUGUGUGACUACCUGAGUGUGGAGGCAUCCAAGAUCAAACGUCACAUGCGUUCUCACACCGGAGAGAAGCCAUAUAAAUGUACUCUGUGUGAGUAUGCCAGCACGGACAACUACAAGCUCAAGCGCCAUAUGAGAGUUCACACUGGCGAACGUCCUUUCAACUGUUCUCAAUGUGACCAAUCCUUUUCCCAGAAGAGCAGUCUCAAGGAGCACGAGUGGAAACACGUUGGAAAUAGGCCAUCUCACAAGUGCGAUCACUGUGACACCACCUUUGGGAGAUAUGCCGACAUGAAGACCCAUGUCCGUAAGAUGCACACAGCUGGUGAACCCAUGAUUUGUAAAAUCUGCGAAAACGCAUUUACUGACCGAUUCACGUAUAUGCAGCAUGUGAGGGGGCACAGGGGCGAGAAGAUUUACAAGUGCGGGGAGUGUGGGUAUUCUGCACCUCAGAAACGUCAUCUUGUGAUCCACAUGAGAGUCCAUACAGGGGAGAGGCCUUAUGAAUGUGAAGAGUGCCACGAGACCUUCAAGCACAAACAAACCCUCAUCAACCAUCAACGUAGCAAGCACAACCUGAUCCAGGAAGCAGAUGGUACCAAGAAACGUAAAGCCACAGAUGAGAUCACAAGUCCCAGCAAGAGGAUAACAAGGCGUCAACGGAUGCAGAUUCAGGAGGAGGAGGAAACAGAAGAGAUGGUAGAACCUCAUACCUUGACCACAGCAGAUGGUAACACAAUCCAAGUAUCAAUGGCACAAGGCGGAGAGGGCACUGUUCAACUUGUGCAGACCAGUGAUGGCACCAUGCCUGUUAUCCUGACGGUAGGAGGGGACGGGCAGAACGUGGACGAAGCACUCCAGAUGAUGAACGGAAGUCUGGCUGCGGUCCAGGGCCACCAGGAUGGGGAAGGACAGCUCAUGAUGGCUGUACCUCAGGGAGACGGAGAUAACCUGCAUCUUGAAGGUCAGCAGGCUUCCCAGCAGCUUCAGACCUCGGACGACAUCGCAGACGACUCCCAGCCUCCGGAACUGCAGCAGGAAGGCCAAGUUCAAGAGGUCUCUGCUCCACGGGAGAGCUCAUCCAUCACGCAGGAGCAAGCUGCAGCUCUACAGCAGCAGAUGGUCAGCCAGGGCAUCAUCUCAGAGGGUUCCGUCAUCGCGGCAAUGGAAGAGGAUGAAGACGGCACUGGAGAUGGCACGAUAUAUCUAUUUGUUGAAGAACAGUAGUCAGAAAUCACCCACCCCUGGUGUGAUUAUUUUUAAAUUAUUCUAUUAUCUCUCAAUUUUCAAUUAAUUUAAGAAAAGAUAACAUAGACCUGAAAUGAGAUGCCAUAAUCGUUUGUUUUGAAUGUGUCCUCACACGUUUCUUUUAUUGGUGUUAAUGUCUUUGUUUUACACAAUCCCUAUAUUUUUCAUGUAUCUUUGGGAUAGAGAGAUGGGGACGGUUUUUGGGCUCAUGAGAGUGUAUUAUGAGACAAAAUGUAUCCGUAACAGACAUGAUUGUGUAUAUUUGUUUAGCCUUGCACUUCAUCUUCCAGAUGUGAAAGUAUUUAAAUCCACGUCGCUCCUGUAUUUUUAGAACAUUUCUGUUCACCGUUGUCAGUGCUCUUAUGAUUUAUUAUGGUAUUUCUUAAUUUGUCUAUGUGAACUGGUAGCACUGCAUGUAUUAGGAUCUGUAAUGUAAGCCGACUGUAAUGCAAUGCACAGCUGAUAGGGUCAAAGUAUUGUCUAUUUCUAACGGUCUCAAAUCAAUGAUUUUCAUACAUGCCUUUUUCUAUGUCAAUCACACAAUUUUUUUCUCCAGUCAUAUUGAAUGGAUACUGGUAUCAACAGCAUAUUGCUUUAGACAGAAGAAAUUUGUCAAUUUGAUAGAAUGGCUGAGUUCAUUAAGUUCAGUGAGAAGGUAUGUGAAGUCAUAUUUCUCUUACACGCAGAUGAUAAUCUUUUUGUUAAUACAUAAUGAAUGAAACUAGUAGGAUCUAUUACAGAGUUCAUCAUAUAUUUUUUGUACCUCACUUAUUUUGUAGUUUCUUGGUCUGUUCCCUUUGUAGCAUGCACCAAUGGAAUACUCUUCUUGUUUAUUUCUGGUUUAUGUGGAAGUACAUUUUGUUUCUUUCUUGGGAAGACAAUCAAUUUUGUAGAACUCUGAUCAAACUUUGAUUGAAAUGAAAUCUUUGUUAUGCAUUUUAUUUUCCAGACUAGCUUUUAAAGCAAAAUACUUUUUGUAUAGAAAUUUAAAAGUUAAAGAGCUGAAUCUACCUGAAUAGUAUCAAUUAUCAAUCAGUAUUUACCAUAUUAUCUGUACAUGUACACUGGUAGUAAUGCAUGAAUGCAAGCAAGAUAAAUUGGUAUGCACUCAAAAACUUCUGGAAAAUAUUUCAAAACAUAAUUAAAGGGAGCCAUGUACAGUAUGUAUUUCUAGACAAAUGUUUCGAUAUUGGUGACAAAAUUGCCAGGCAGCUUUAGGUUUUACAUUAACUUUAUUCUUUACUUAAUCUUAUUACAUGUAGUGGCUCCACUUUAUAUUGUAAAUAUUAUGGAUCUUUGACUUGAAUGGCACUUUGUAUGAAUACUGUGUAUGAUAACAAAAAGAAUUAAAUUGUGUAUAUUUUCUAACUACUGAGAGCAAGAAAUUCGAGGAAGCUCACUGAUGCCCAUAUGUAAGUUUUGUCAUUCCUAUAUGUUGAUUUCCAGAUCUGCUUUGUGUAUUAUAACCACAGAUAGUUGCAAAUUUGGCAUAUAUUUUUAGUGUUUUGGUAGACGGUGUGUACCAUUAACCUCACAGUUUGUAUGAUGUCUCACAAAUACAAUGAUCAUGCUUGUUCAGUCUGCCGAGACUCAGAAGGGCGUCGACCCAUAUUCUGCUUAUAAAUGUACAAGAAGUUAACGCCCUUCUGUCUCUCGGCAGACAAUAAUAAAGACUUUUCGAUUUGCACGUCGACAUAGUGAACUGCUAUGUGUGACGUCCUUUUAAGACAAUGUGAAGCCCUUUUAAGACAAUGUGAAGCCCUUUUAAGGCACUGGCAGUGCCCGGUAGUGUCUUAAAAGGAUGUCACACGUAGCAGUCCACUAUGUCGGCGUGCAAAUCUAAAAGUCCCUAAUGUCAUUUUGUAAACUGUAUCCGUCAGGGCAGUAUUUUACUUGAAGGAUUACUCUGUAUAGCUUUGAUUUCUUUUUAACUCGGUAGCUUAUUUGUUUUGAAAUGAAAUGCCACUUGGGAAUCUGAUUUGGAGUUUACCUGAUCAGCUCAAAUAUUGUGAUUAAGACAAAGGUUUGGUAGGUACUAAUCACACGUGCGAGAUGGAUGAAUACUGAACGCAGCUGUGAAUGAAAAACAAACAUAUAAGCUUUGCUGUGUAAACUUCUUUCAGACAUAAUAAACUUCAAAUCCUUCAAACCUGUAA